UUUAUGCCCAAAUGUGCAUGAAUGAAAUUUCAGUUCUUGUCAAAAGCUCGAAACGAACGGUUGUGCGCUUCCAAUAAUUGCGGCUCGCGUUAACUCACAAAUUAAAUAAAAUAACUUUUAUGCCGUAAUAUAAUCGGGCGAGAAAUUUUUUCGUAUAAACUAAGAACUAUUAAUUUUUCUUUAUCGAUUUAGGCUGUGCCCAAAAGUGGUUUUGGUGCUAAGCAUUCAAUGCGCUUAAGGAAAUUUUAACAAAGCAUUAUGUCAAACUUUGAUUUAAAUAAACUUUAGACAGAGAAAUAGCUUCCUUUCGAGGAAAUUUAGAACAUCGUGUACAUACCCUGAAUAAAAUACAUUAACUCGCUUUCAUCGCCCGAUCGCCAUGCCGUUCACACUGUUUCACGCAAACUGAUGUGCCGCAGUUUUGUGCUGAGCAUAUGGGCGAAGAGGUGCGUGUGUGUUUGUGUUUGUGUAAUGGAGGUGCCCCAAAAUGGAAAUGGUUAAAAUGAAAAAUCGCAUUUUUGUGCAAAUGCUAACACGUUUUCCUUGGCAAUAAUGUUCGCGGCGCCCACAACACAACGCAAAACGAAAUUAAAACAGCAUUAUGACAACAACAAUAACACACAGCAAUAGUGCUUUAACAGAUUUAGUCUGGCGGGCAAGUAAAUUGGCAGACAAGAACGCUCCUCAUUCGUUCGAGUGAUCGCAUCUUCAAAGCUUGGCGCUCAAGCUGCUGCCGGCGUCGUCGAUUUGUUGUUAUUUUUAUUAUUGUUGUUGUAUUUUUAAUGCACUUUUCGCGUUGCAUUCGCAGUAAAGCAAACUUGCUCAGUAAUCGGCCGACUAGCACUCGCUGGCUGUGGUCUUUUGCACUUUAAACGCUUCACGCGGCGCAACAACAAAUGCGUCGAAGUAGCAAACAAGCUGUGAGGCCAGUCACAAUAUCAUAUUUGUCUCUGAGAAUUUGUAUUUUUUCGCUUUUCCAACAACUUCUGUUUACUCUUCAUAAAACAAAUUUGCAAAAGUUGAGGAGUUUUACUUUAGUAAUAGAGUGAACGCCCCAAAAUAUUUCAGUAAGCUGGAAAUGUUGACACGUUAAUUUCCAAAGUAAGCACUACACUUGAGGAAAAAUUGUAAAUUUAUGUGACUGCUGGUCCUUCUUGUUGCAAUUUUUGUUGGUAACUUCUUUUAUCUUAAACUUUUUUCUCUCAGCCCACUUGUGCCUAUAUUAUUGCCAUUGUGUCCAGCAACAAUGCAGAUUUAUUUGUGUGUUUGAGUGAACCCAGUCACAUGAUUCUUUGCAUUCCCAUUUGCGAAAUAUCUAUAUACACCCUCAAAACUCACGAGUUUCCACAAACAAUGGACUAUUCAAAAACAAAGUUACAAAGUGUUCUUUCGCGCGCGCAAAAUUCUCAAGUGUUGUUGUGAAAAAACCUUAAUUGUUCAAAAUUUAAAUAUAUUGUAUAUAUUUUUUUCCUAUACACCUUACAAUAGAUAUUGAAUGGAGCUAUCAUGUACUAGGAGAAUUAUCUGAAUAUAAAUAGAGGAAUAUUUCUAGAAGUUUGAGUUGACCAAAUUUAUCAGCUGUUGCGACUUUUCGAACUACUAUACUGAGCAACAACGAGCUGCUGCUGGUGCUGUCUAAAUUCGACAUUUACACCGCUAAAUUAAGAAUUUUUGUAAAUCAACGCCUUUCUGGAAUAAAUUAGCCAGAAGGCAAGAAAAGCGCCGGAGAUGUUCGUACACAAUUGGUUAAAGUGGCCAGUUCUCAUUUGGCUGCUUAUCUGCUGCUAUUUGUUGGCCUUCACUGAUGGUCAGAGUGAAAAUGCUAUAGGUGCUCAUCGCGUGUUUGAUAAAACGUCAUUUUCCUGUUCUGGACGCCCAUCGGGUUACUACGCAGAUGUUGAAACUGGAUGUCAGGUGUACCAUAUGUGCGACGGAUUGGGACGCCAAUUCAGCUAUUCGUGUCCCAAUACAACGCUUUUUCAGCAGCGCAUGCUAAUCUGCGAUCACUGGUACAUGGUGAAUUGUUCCCGAGCAGAGAGCGACUAUGCAGCUAACUUACUAAUUGGGCAACGGGAUAAGCCGUUUGUGAAUGAUGAGGAAAAUAGUUUGCGUACACCCCGCCCUGAUCUCUUGGAUCGACCUUAUGCACCAGAUUACUCUGGAGAAUCAUUUAGAGAUCAGUACAAGCAACUUCCGGCGAUCCUGAAUCAAAUACAAGUUGGCGAUACUCCAAAGAUUCAGGACAAAUUUAGUGUUGUUACGCAGUUGACUCCGGGCCAGCAACACUGGAAAAUACCAUCACCGAGCCGAACUAUACUGCCACCAGCCUACGAAGCACAGAUGUCGGACGACAGCACUUCGCAAACAAAUAGUGGAAACGUACGUUUUGUACCCAAAACGCAACCAACACCACCAGCCGUAGCAAAGCCGAAGUUCAAUCAACCGAAAUUCAAUUCAGAGUCAGUGAUUGCAACCGCAUCAGCAAGUCGCGGACAGUCGACCAAUCGCUUCAACAGCGCAGCGCUACACCAACGCGGCCAAUCAGGUGAGCACGAGGACUUAGGUACGAGCCACAGUACUCGUUACAAUACAUCUUCUGAUUUCAACUCUGCUGAGCAACCGAACAGCAAAACGGCAAGUGCCCUUAAUAAGAACCAUGUUAAAAGUACGAUUACUUCGACAACACCUACAAUUACAACAAGUUCAGCCACUUCGAUUACGUCUACCACAACAAAAACACCUACCAAUACUGCAGUUACGACAAAUUUGCCUUAUAAAGUACCAUCUAAAGUGUACGAGCCGCCAUUCCUGUAUCCAAUUUAUAAUGAAAACGAUACGAUGAGCACACAGACAUCACUACGCACUUCGCCUGCUACACCCUUCACAGCCUCGCCUACUUUCAACAAGCUUACACCCACAACUCCCAUACCAGCGCCAAAUCGGCCAACAACGCUAGCGGGCAAACCUUUCACCGUAUCGAACGGCGGUGUUACCACAAAAGCGCCAAGUUUGGGAGGACGUAGCCAAAAUAAUUUAAUUCAAACUAGUUUCAGUCAAAUUUCGAAAGAUAUACGCACUCCUACACCAGCGCAAGGUUUUAAACCGCCUACACCUCGUCCACCUAUAAGCACAACGACAAGCAUCCCAAAAAACUUGGAGAGCUCCCCUUUUGACUACAGUAUUCCUACCACAAAUCGCCUAAAUUUGCCUACACCAUUCAGAAAUAGUUCAGACACAAACGGAGCCCAAAAUAUCAAAACGCCAGCCAAAGAACUUCUGCCCCCGCACCAAGAGUUUGUGCAACAUGACAUUGCUACCACACAGGGGCCGCCUAUCUACUAUGAGUGGAAAAUGCCGUCAAAUGGACUUGAACCACCCAAAUUGGAUCCGCCAAUUGGUGUUGAUGGACGCGAAUAUCCCGAAGCGACAUUCGAUUACAGUGCCAUCGGUGGUACAAACAAUAACGCAAAUGCUACUAACCGUAAGCAAAUCACGAAUAUCAUUAGCUUACCACCAACAAAAGCGCCGGGUGAAAAUAAUCCAAUCGCACGUACUCCUAUUUCGCGUUCCAUCAAAGAGACGGGGCAGCCAAAUAGCGUACACCGUGUUAAUGCUGAAAAGCCGAAGGUGGCAACUACGUUGGUGGUAGCGACAGAUCGCUCCGACACAAUAUCCAUGCCUGUUUCGGAUAUCAUACAGUUGCGCAAAGACUACUCGGUGCCCGAAUAUCUAUUUCCAUUAGAACCGAUAGGCCGUACUGGCUAUUUGUCCACGGAUGCGUACAACUCAUUUCGACUGAAGAUACCUGAACAUGACGACGAAGAGCCGGAAGACCACAGACAUUGGUUCGGCGAGAAUCCUAAAUGUCCCGAGUGUCAUCCAUCUUUUGUAGUGCCUGGUACUUGCGAACCCUGUAUACGGAGAUAGAUGGAGGAUGAACCCCUGAGGUUUUAGAGCCGACGGGCAUUAAGUAUUCACACGAAUUCAAAGUUUAGCACAAUAAUAAAUGACAAUUCUCUUUGUUAGUUUCAAUGCCUUGCUCUUUAUUGUAGUUUUACGAAUACAGAGAUGCAUAUGCAUAUAUGUUAUAUAGAGCUCCUAAUUUUUACUUAAAUUAAGAUAGGGAGCGAAUCCAAGAGUGAGCCAUUAGCUAUACUGCAAACAUACACGUACCUAUAUUUAAACAUAAGUAUAUAUAUAAAUAUAUAUAUGUAUAUAUAUAUAUAUAACUGCUAUAUUUGUAAAUGGCUGCUACUAUAUCAUGAACAAUAGCUGAUACAUAAUUAAUAAGUAUAUAAACUACUAACAUAUGUAGAAGUCGCAUUGCUAGCGCUCGUGCCUGCAUUUUUUCCUCUCCUCUUCAUUGAAAGUACACAUAAGCGAUUAUUUAAAAUUGAUUAGUAUCAACUUAUUUUUUCAUUUAAUCAACUAAGUAGUCGCAACUGAUUUUCCCAGGAAGCAUUCAAAAAAACUAUGGCUUGCAAUAUGAUACAAAAAAUCCUCAUAAAUUUGCUCUUCUAAUUCAUUCUUAUUUGUGCUUCACUUAUAGGUUUUUAAGUAAUCUAAAAAAUAGUUUUAUUACAAUAAAGGUUAAGUUAAGUUUGUAAUAUAUGUAUGUAUAUCAAACCCUCAUAUAUUCGUACGAAAGUUAAUGAAUAAAAUGAAAUUCAAAAUGGAAAAA